GCAGUCCGAAACUAUUAUCAACUCAAUGUACAUUUCGGUGAAUAUAUCUAAUUCAUAUGUAUUUCAGGUCAAUGACAUCAUCGAAUCAACACCCAAAAACUAAGACAAUGAUUCUACUUUUCGUCAUGAUGUACAUGGUCGUGUUAAUCAUGGUGGCCACGGGAAUGGUUCUCCUCGUGAUGGGCCAAUCCAUCGGCGCCGUCUCCACCUUCGUCGCUCUGGGCCUCGUGUCCUUCGCGAUGGUCUCGGCCCUGCAGUUCCGGUCGUGGGUCCUGACGUCGUACGGCACCCCCCCGCCCUCGCCGAGCGCCCUCGACCACCCGCCAGGCGCCUUCGACCCCCCGCCGGCCUACAGGGCGUCCUGGCGGCGGUCGUUCAGGCGGUACCUCGACACCCGCAGAUCCAGGAGAGCGCCGAAUCGAACGCCGUCGGCGGGCGUGGGCGUAAGGGGCGACGAGGCAGACGGGCGUACUGUCCUCUCUGUUGCUAAUAAGGACGAAGAAAGCCCGCCCUCCUACGAGGAGGCUUUGAGGAACAGUGUUGAAAAUCUUUCAUGACGAACGAUGAAAUGUUCGCAAAAAACUUAUUUAUUAAUUGACUUUUGUACAAUUAUAUGUAUAUGGAUUUGCUUGUAUGUAUCAUUUUUGCUUGUGACAAUUUAUACUGCCUGUGUACCUUGUAUCUUCUAAAUGUAUUUCUUACAAAUAGAAGCAAAUAAAUGUAUAUAUUCCUAAAAGUAGCUUAUCAAUAAUAAUAAAAAAAAAAAAAUAAAAAAAACGGAAAACCCCACCGAAUAAAACCUAUCUCGUCUAACGGCUCAGGCAACAAAAGAACAACGGAAGGAGAGAACACCAAAGAAUACCUAUAAAUGAACAGUCGCUGGGAGAGGAAGCGCCUUUUAAUGUCCGCGUCUGACGGCCGGAGAACGAGCGAGAAUCCCGACAGAUACACGAAGCCAAUUCAGUGAACAAGCGCUUUUUGAAAAGCCACGAAAGCAAUCUGGCGGCGAACUGACGUGGCCUAUAAAGAAAGUAGCCUUAUAUUUUUGCGAAGGAAAAGUGGCACGAUAUCCCGAAAGUCUAGAGAGAAUUGUGGCAUUUAGGUGGCAUUUUGGAAGGGGAAGAACGUAGACAGAUAAAUCGUUAAGAAUAUAUCACACUCUCUUAUUAUUUUCCCGUACGAUUUGGGCAUACUUCUUUACACUAUGUAGUCUCAGUUAGAAAAAAGGCAAUUCUACACCCACACAAAUACACUUAAGCACACACACGCGUACGGGCACACACAUAACCAAGUAUUGACUAAUACAUCUGUUAUUGUACAUACAUC